AUGGCUGGCAAAGGUAAGGGAUGGGCAAUCGGGAUCGAUCUGGGGACUACCUACUCGUGCGUAGGCGUUUGGCAACAUGAUCGUGUGGAGAUUAUUGCUAAUGAUCAGGGGAACAGAACGACACCGUCUUACGUGGCUUUCACGGAUAGUGAGCGUUUGAUUGGCGAUGCUGCUAAGAACCAGGUCGCCAUGAAUCCUACCAACACUGUCUUUGAUGCAAAGCGGUUGAUUGGGAGGAGGUUUAACGACGCUUCCGUCCAAAGCGACAUCAAGUUGUGGCCGUUCAAGGUUUCCCCCGGCGCCGGUGACAAGCCGAUGAUUACAGUCACUUACAAAGGUGAAGAGAAGCAAUUUGCUGCGGAGGAAGUGUCCUCGAUGGUCCUCAUGAAGAUGAAAGAGACAGCGGAGGCGUAUCUGGGUUCAACAGUGAAGAAUGGCGUUGUCACCGUCCCUGCAUACUUCAAUGACUCACAGCGUCAAGCCACGAAGGAUGCUGGCGUCAUAGCAGGGCUCAAUGUCAUGCGGAUCAUCAAUGAACCGACCGCUGCUGCUAUUGCUUACGGACUUGACAAGAAAGCUAGCAGCGUUGGUGAGAAAAAUGUGCUCAUCUUUGACCUCGGGGGUGGUACUUUCGAUGUGUCUCUCCUUACCAUCGAAGAGGGUAUUUUCGAAGUGAAAGCCACGGCUGGAGAUACACACCUUGGAGGGGAAGAUUUUGAUAACAGGAUGGUGAACCAUUUUGUGCAGGAGUUCAAGAGGAAGAACAAGAAGGACAUUACAGGAAACCCAAGAGCGUUGAGGAGAUUGAGAACUUCUUGCGAAAGAGCAAAGAGAACUCUAUCUUCCACGGCUCAAACUACUAUUGAGAUUGAUUCUCUGUAUGAAGGUAUUGAUUUCUACUCUACGAUUACUCGGGCUAGAUUUGAGGAGCUCAACAUGGAUCUUUUCAGGAAGUGUAUGGAGCCGGUUGAGAAAUGCUUAAGGGAUGCUAAGAUGGAUAAGAGUACUGUACAUGAUGUUGUUCUUGUUGGUGGAUCUACUAGGAUUCCCAAGGUACAACAGCUAUUGCAGGAUUUCUUUAAUGGAAAGGAGCUCUGCAAGAGCAUCAACCCUGAUGAAGCCGUUGCCUACGGUGCUGCUGUACAAGCUGCCAUUUUGAGUGGUGAGGGCAAUGAGAAGGUUCAAGAUUUGCUUCUUUUGGAUGUCACCCCUCUCUCCCUUGGGCUGGAAACUGCCGGUGGAGUCAUGACUGUUCUUAUUCCAAGGAACACCACGAUUCCUACCAAGAAGGAACAAGUUUUCUCCACUUACUCGGAUAACCAACCUGGCGUGUUGAUUCAGGUCUACGAGGGUGAGAGAACAAGAACAAGGGACAACAACUUGCUUGGUAAAUUUGAGCUUUCCGGCAUUCCACCAGCUCCUAGGGGCGUGCCUCAAAUCACUGUUUGCUUUGACAUUGAUGCCAAUGGCAUUUUGAAUGUCUCUGCUGAGGACAAAACCACAGGCCAAAAGAACAAGAUUACAAUCACCAAUGACAAGGGCAGGCUGUCCAAGGAAGAGAUUGAGAAGAUGGUCCAAGAAGCAGAGAAGUAUAAAUCGGAGGAUGAGGAGCACAAGAAGAAAGUGGAGGCUAAGAAUGAAUUGGAGAAUUUUGCAUAUAACAUGAGGAACACGGUCAGGGAUGAGAAGAUUGAUGCUAAGCUCAAUCCAGCUGAUAAGAAAAAUAUCGAGGAUGCAGUUGAGCAAGCCAUCAAUUGGCUAGACAGCAAUCAGAUGGCUGAAGCUGAUGAGUUCGAGGAUAAGAUGAAGGAGCUUGAAAGCAUUUGCAACCCUAUCAUUGCCAAAAUGUACCAAGGUGCUGCUGCUGAAGCGGGUGGUGGAACGGGCGAUGAUGCAGCUCCAGCUCGGGGAAGUGGAGCUGGCCCCAAGAUUGAGGAGGUUGAUUAAGAAUGAAAUAUAAACAGGUCAUAUACAGCUGGAUUCUAAGAAAUCUUGAUUCGGAUCUUCAGGAUAAUAAAAAUUUGGGGCCAUAUUUCGAUUUUGUUUUUGGAUUUUCUUUUUCUGAACUAGGUGGAUUUAGAACUUAGAUUACACUUUUAAUUGAUGUU